AUGUUGUAUACGCACAUCAUCAAAGAAGGCAUCUACAAGGUCGAAGGGGUCGCAAAGUAUGGCAAAGCUACACCAGAGCAGUCGAAGCGCCGUUCCGCAACGCCUGCACACUCCCAGGAUGUUCAAUAUGUCGGCAAACCAACUCUCUUUGAGCUUGGACUGUUCUGCUACCAGGUGACCACUUUCAAGAUUGGCGGAAACGUACUCGAGCAGCGUCGCCAUCUCGGGCUACUCAGCCUUGUUCGCAAGAUCAAACUGUCUCUCAAAGAAGACAAAUUGAAGUCCUACACCAAAGAAUUUUCGGCCCUCCUGACGUUGAUGGUCGGCGUGCAAUACAAGGUCGCUGUUCGCAUCAACAUCACACUUGACAACGAUCAUGCCGACGCCCUGGAUCGCGUCAUAAGAUUUGGCGAUGCAAUGAACAAGAUGCACCCCAAUUUUGAACAGCUCAAGUAG